ACCAAUAUAAAUAUAACAAUCGACAUCGAAAGUAGUCAUUUUUGUAACUUGUUUUGUGGCAGUAGUUAGAAGCAUCAGUAAAGAAAGAUGUCGUUUUUUGGAAAGAAAUUCAAGAAGGUCCAGGUUGAGAACGCUCAGGAGCUUCUAGGCGCUCUCGCCGUCAGCGAGAAAAUCCUCGAAAGUCUCAAGAACCCCGACAACGUCUCUUCCUUCGCGAAGAACGCUGACGGCAGCAUCCAAUACGUCAUCGAGGCCAACGGCAAGGAGAUCCUGAGCCAGAAGAUCGUCCUCGGCCAGGAUGUAGAGACCACCACUCCUGAAGGCAAGACUGUCCACAACGUGUACACCUUGGACGGUGAUGUGCUGAAGAGCGUCAUGACUGCCAAUGGCAAGAAGACUAACUUCGUGAGGAAGUUUGAAGGAGACAGUAUGACUAUGGAAGUCGCCGUGGAGGGCAGCGAUGCUAAGGCUGUAGUCCACUACAAGACUGUGUAAAUGUCGAUUGUUCUGUAAUUUAUUAUUUAUUUAUAAAAUAUUUUAAGAAUCUACCUGUUUA